AUGAGUCCGACCUCUGCGCCCGUCCCUGUUGACCACCACGACUGGAACGAGUAUGACCCAGAAGCACUACCAUCGUUCAGAAGACCCUACCACUACAAUGACAUUGAGGUUCCUAUCAACUGCGAACGUCUGAGUAUCUCUGAUCCGCCAGACAUAAGUGAUCCAAUUAACAGCGAAGAAAACGAUGCCGAGAUUCGCUGGUGUCCCAGAUGCUUCACAGGGUUUGGAUCCACGGAAGCCCUCUUGGAACAUCGCAGAACCUCGGCUCUCCACAUUACGUGCGAAUUUUGCGAAAGAGCCGAGGACUUCGCCAAUGAGGAAGAGCUUUGGCAACACUGCUGCGGUCACCACUUUGCUUGCUGGUAUCGCGAGGGCGCCACUUUCUGUGCUAAUGUUUGCAAAAGCGCGGCCGAUCUCGACAGACAUUUUCGGAUCGAUCAUUUCUCAUGCCGCUUCUGCAUAUAUGUGCAACUCUUCGCGACCCUGGAGGACCUCAAAGACCAUUAUCGCGCUUCUCAUACUACUUGCCCUCGCUGUCCCGACCCUCUAGUGUUCCGGUAUAAAGAGGAACUGCGAGAGCACUGCCUUCGCGAACAUUUUGGAUGCCCGUGCUGUGAUUCAGUAACGUGGUCCAAGGAUGAAGAAUCGCUAAGGACUCACAUUGGCCUAGAGCACUUCCCGUGUUGCUUUUGCAUCUCUCAAACGGUGUUCGCCUCACGGGAGGACCUUCUGGCUCAUCGGCGUACCGCACAUGGCUGUUUUGACUGCCUUCUCUGCAAGCCACAACAGCCACGGAUCAUCUGGCCAGCCCCAUGGCGGGAGCACAUGGAGCAGUGCUAUUACCCUAACCCUUGUACCGACGACUUCCACCAGGAUGGGUUUGAUAUGAUCAGCUAUUGCGACUUGUGUGAAAAGACGUUCAAGCCGCAGUACCGCCAGAUUCAUCUGUUGUUCAAUCACUUCUGCCAGGACUGCGCACGUUAUGGAACCAUUUUUAAAAUGCACAAAGAGAAACAUUUGAGCGAAUGUUCUCGCCAGGGCGCAUCUGCUGGUCCACCAUGGUGGCACCGGCAAGAACAACAGCAGCAGAAUGAGUCGGCACGAGAAAGCUUCCGGAGACAACACGAAGACUUCAAAACACGAGCGAACGAGCAGAGAGCACAUCCAUCUGCUUCUCAUCCUCAUCCUCCCCCUCCAACUCAAAAGCCACAAGAGCCAGAACCGCUGGAUAUCUAUACCAUCUUGAAGAUCUCACCGCAGAGUCCUCCAGAAGUCAUGAAGCAGGCGGUAAGAGUCAGACGUGUUGAGACACACCCGGACAAGCGUAAGAGGCAAGGGCUGUCCCAAGGAGAAGAGGAUUUGAUUGACGAGGAAGCAAAAUUGGUGGGAUGGGCAGCUGACAUUUUGCUAGACCCGGAGAAGAGGAAGAAGCACGGAGAGCAAGUGCAUGCGUGGAAGAUGAGGUAUGGACAGUAG